CAGAUCGGAAGUUUGAAAAACUACUUCCUGUUCGAACACCAGCAUGUCCACAAGAGAUCACUAUCAUCGAGCGACCAACACCACUCCCUUCUGCAACAAGAAAAACAGGUGGCGUGGGUGCAGCAGCAGCACGAGAAGCGACGCCGGAAGCGAGACUACACGGAGGCGCGCUUCGGCGGCGGCUUCGCCGAUCUGCCAUCGUUCCUGGGCGCGCGCUCGCAGGCGCAGGCGCAGACGCAACACCGCCAGCACUACCGCGGCAUCGGCGUGCAGAGCCUCUUCCCGGACCCCCUCUACAAGGAGCAGUGGUACCUGAAUGGUGGUGCUAAGGACGGCUUUGAUAUGAACGUGGCUCCGGCGUGGCAGAAGGGCUACACCGGCAAAGGGGUCGUCGUUUCCAUCCUCGAUGACGGUAUCCAAACCAACCACCCUGAUCUCGCCCUCAACUACGACCCGCACGCCAGCACGGACAUCAACGACAACGACGACGACCCGAUGCCGCGCGACAAUGGCGACAACAAGCACGGCACGCGGUGCGCGGGCGAGGUGGCGGCCGUCGCCUACAACAGCUACUGCGGCGUCGGCGUCGCCUACAACGCCAGCAUCGGCGGUGUACGUAUGUUGGAUGGAACGGUGAAUGACGCAGUGGAGGCUCGGGCUUUGGGUUUGAACCCUGACCAUGUGGAUGUGUACAGUGCCUCGUGGGGUCCAGAGGAUGAUGGCAAGACAGUGGACGGCCCGGGACCACUUGCUAGGAGGGCUUUCAUCUAUGGUGUGACCAGUGGACGGAAAGGAAAAGGCUCAAUUUUCGUUUGGGCCUCUGGAAAUGGAGGAAGACACACUGAUUCCUGCAACUGUGAUGGUUACACAAACUCAAUAUUCACUCUCUCCAUCUCGAGCGCAACACAAGGAGGGUACAAGCCAUGGUAUUUAGAGGAGUGUUCAUCAACAUUAGCCACUACCUACAGUUCUGGUACACCUGGUCAUGACAAGAGUGUUGCAACUGUUGACAUGGAUGGUAAACUAAGGCCAGAUCACAUAUGCACUGUGGAACACACAGGUACAUCAGCCUCUGCACCACUGGCAGCUGGCAUUGCAGCUUUAGCACUGGAGGCUAAUCCUGACCUUACAUGGAGAGACAUGCAGUACCUUGUAGUGUUAUCAUCACGAUCAGGGCCAUUAGAAAAGGAAUCAGGCUGGAUAAUUAAUGGAGUGAAACGGAAAGUGAGUCACAAGUUUGGGUAUGGGUUGAUGGAUGCAGCUGCCAUGGUUAGCUUUGCAGAGCAGUGGACUAAUGUUCCUCCACAGCACAUCUGCAAAUCACAUGAGAUAAAUGAAGAGCGGCCAAUUGAUCCAGCACCAGGUUCAACCCUGCAAGUGCAAAUGGAUGUGGAUGGUUGCAGUAAGACACUAAAUGAGGUUCGUUUCCUGGAACAUGUGCAGUGCAAAGUGUCCCUCCGUUUCUUCCCUCGUGGUAACCUGCGUAUUCUUCUUACUUCACCAAUGGGAACUACAUCUACACUACUCUUUGAACGUCCACGAGAUGUUGUCAGUUCCAAUUUUGAUGACUGGCCAUUCCUUAGUGUCCAUUUCUGGGGGGAAAAGGCAGAUGGACGCUGGACUCUUGAAAUUAUUAAUGGUGGAAAUCGGCGUGUCAACCAACCAGGCAUCUUGAAGAAGUGGCAGUUGAUUUUCUAUGGUACAGCAACAAAUCCCAUCCGCUUACGACAAAGUUUACGACUUGGUAGUGCACCUGGUAUUCCAGUUUCUCAGGCUGCUGCUUCACAAAACUCCUACAUCUUCCCAGACUCUCAACCAACCGGAUCUCCUACUGAUGACUACUUCAAUGGCUUCAAUCCAGGCUUUCAAAAUUUUCCCAACAUCUAUAGUGUAUCAGGAAGCAACCCAGAAGCAUCAGUAGCUCCACUUGAAGGUGAUGAGAUUCCAGAUAACGCAGUGCAAGUAACAUACGAAAAAGAUAGUAGCAGCAUUGCAGGUAGUUUGAAGGUGUUGCAUACAUGUGAUCCAGAGUGUGACUCACAAGGCUGUUACGGAAAGGGACCUACACAAUGCAUUGCAUGCAAACAUUAUAAACUGGACAACACCUGUGUUAGUCGUUGCCCACCUCGCAGUUUUCCUAGUCAGGGUGGUAUCUGUUGGCCAUGUCAUGAAUCCUGUGAAACAUGUGCCGGUGCUGGCCAAGACAGCUGCCUUACAUGUGCACCUGCUCAUUUAAGAGUCACUGACCUUGCAAUUUGUCUACAGCAGUGCCCUGAGGGAUAUUAUGAAAAUGCUGAACAAAACACAUGUGUACCAUGUGAACCAAAUUGUGGUAGUUGUCAGGAUCGACCAGAUCAUUGCACAAGUUGUGACCACCACCUGGUACUAUACAAAAACAAAUGCUAUGCUGCCUGUCCUAUUUAUACAUAUGAAAUGGAAGAUUACACAUGUGCACCAUGUCAUGCAUCAUGUGAAACAUGUAAUGGGUCGAGUGAAACACAGUGCUUGACCUGCCGACCUGGCAGAUUUGAGCUGGCUGGAACAUGCCUAGCCAGUUGUCCUGAUGGAUACUAUGCUGACAAGAAACGACGUGAAUGUGUUCACUGUGCAUUUGGCUGUGCCAGCUGCAGUGGUAAUGUUUGCUUGGCGUGUAAGGAAGGCUGGACACUCAACCGCAAAGGCAGAUGUGUUCCUGAAGGAAACGUUCAUUGCACUAGAUCCGAAUACUACACAUCUGGGCUGUGUGCACGGUGUCACGAGAACUGUGAUACCUGUUCAGGACCUGGAGCAGAUCGCUGCCUCUCCUGCGUGUCCCCACUGCUGCUGCAAGGUGCCUCCUGUGUGGUACAGUGUGAGGAAGGAAGGUACCCUGAGAGAGGAAUUUGCAUGCCUUGCCUGCACACGUGUACAGCCUGCGAGUCACGUACCAACUGCACCUCCUGUCGAGCAGGACUCCACCUACAGAGUGGAGAAUGCAGGGCAGCUUGUGCUGAUGGGUAUUACAGUGACAGGGGUAUCUGUGCUAAAUGUUACCUCAGCUGCAUGACUUGUAGUGGUCCUCGCCGUGAUCAGUGUGUGACAUGCCCAACUGGCUGGCAGCUAGCAGCUGGAGAGUGCCAUCCAGAAUGUCCAGAAGGCUUCUUCAAAUCAGAUUUUGGUUGUGAGAAGUGUCACCAUUAUUGUAGGACUUGCAAAGGUGAAGGUCCACUACAGUGUACCUCAUGCCCUGCACAUGCCAUGCUGGAUGGUGGAUUGUGUGUGCAGUGUGUUGGAACUCAGUUUUAUGACCCACCCUCACAGACAUGCCGCGGGUGUCAUGAAUCUUGUAAGAGCUGUUCAGGGCCAGGAGCCUUCAGCUGCUCAACUUGCAGUCCUCCGCUGCAUUUGGAUCGUCUAAACAACCAGUGUGUGCCAUGCUGUGCUGCACCUGGACAGCAAAACUGCUGUACCUGUGACAACAACACUGGUGACUGCCAGAAUGCAUCACCUGCUGGGAAAAGGAGGACAGCUGCUUCUCGUGCUGAGCCUGUGGACAUCAGUACAGAACAAGAAGGGACCUCGGUACAUCUGCCAACUCCCUUUACAGCUGUAACAAUACUUGCUGUUCUAGGCUGCAUAUCUGUCGUUGUUCUGUUUGCUAUUAUCUUUACUGUACUGCAGAUAAAAUCACAAACAUGGAAUGGCCUGAAUAGAUGCAGCAGUGGAUAUGAGAAACUUUCAAAACGGAAGUGCAAAGUUGGUGUAAACAAGGUGUCUGUUGUUCCUGAAGAUGGUGAUUUUACAGAGGAUGACGAUGAGGAAGUACAGCUAUUCACUAAAACGUAGUACUGAAUUUCUGCUACUUCUAAGCAACUCAGGCGACAAAUUCCUAAAUAAUAGGGGAGACUGUGAAUAUGUUAAAAGUCGAGCAGUUACCUCCUUUCGGGAGGGGGUAAAUUACUGGGUGUAUUAUUGCCUCUUUUAGCUGCAGAAACCAUUCUCCCCUUUAUUUUACAUUGACACAACUGAUAUGAAGUGUUGGCUGACUCGGUAACUUCAAUUUGGUCCCUUGAGUGAUUAAACGUCUUUGGAUGUCAUCAUUUACCUUCCUCAUAGUACUGCCUGAUGAUGCUAAUUGUUAUUUUAUGGAUUGUGACUUUAAUUAUACCAAAAUGACUUCCUGGUAUUUUAGCAUAAAAUUUUAUUUGAAAGAAACUGUUUUGUAAGUGGAAGAUGUGAAGGUGCCCUACAUACUCAAAAGUAAAUCCGAUGUGUAAAAACAGGAGACACAAAAAUUUGGAAGUGUGUUAAGUGCCUAUAAAUGCAUGUAUCAUCCUCAAGGAUAAAUGUAGAUCUUAGGAAUAAUAAUUAAGCAGAAUAUGCCAAAUUUUUUUUAAACAGUUACGUGGGAUCAGACGAGCUGCUGCUCUUACUAGCUAUGUUUAUAAUGGCAGCAAUUAGAACUCCAGGACUGGUUACUGUGAAGUUGUGUUUCUUAUGGAGCAACUGUACUGUACUGUACUGGAACAUCAUUGGCCGUAGAAGAAUCUCUUUUGUAUGAGCAGUUUCCAUAACCCAAUAAUAUUUUUAUUUUUAUAUUUUGCUAUCAUUUAUUUCUUUAAAACCUUACUCAAGAUAGCUUUAAAACAGUGUGUUAUUGCAGCUUACUGUUAUCAAAACAUAGAUGUGCAAAAAUAUAUUUUUAUUGUUGUGAUUGUAGUUUGUACAUUGAAAGCAGGAAUUCAUUUUUAUAAAAAGUCCAAAUUUUGAAAUAAAUGGAAAUAUAUUACAUUUACCUUGCAGUUUGAAAUGUGUCUGUUAAUCCUUUGUUGUCAUAAAUAAGCGUUCCAGUGGAAUAAAAAGUUUUGUUUUAUCUGUUGGCUGUCUAAAAGUUUUAUAGUUCCAAACUUUAAAUUAGUAGUGUGUGACCAAGGUGAAAAAAGCAUCCCUAGUGCUAAGGAAAAGAAAAGGUGAAAAGUGGAAAUGAGUGAGUAGUUGUGAUAUUUGUGUGUUUGUCUAUGGAAGAAAUCAGAUAUUGAGUGUAAGUGUUAAUACCAAGUGUGAUCGUUUGCUUUUAUCAUUAUGAUACAGACUGCUGGUGGUACUUUAAAUUAUUGUCUCAUGAGAUUUUUCAUGACAAUGGUGUGAUAUGAGCUAUUGAUGGAAAAAUUGAAAUAAAUCAUUUAUUCAUCAUGGCUGUUAGGUAGUAAGAUAAUGAAGCAGUUUACCAGCUGGCAAAUUGGCUUUCCUAAGCAUGUACCUUGCAGUGCAGGUAAUAUAGUUACAUAAUAAAUGUGUUGAUCUUUACGUCAAGGUGUGUUUUAAAUAAAAAAACAUAAAUCAUAAAACUUUAUGUACCAUAGCCUUGACAUGUAAUAAAAUUUAAUAAAUUAUAUUGAUAUUUUUAUUAAUAAAAUGAUUUUUGAAUAUAAUGAAAAUAAAAUAAUAUAUGUAGUUUUAAUUUUUUCUGUAAUUUUCUGUGUUACUUUGUUUCAUCUUGAUACUAGUAUAGCUUCCAGAACGUUCACAGAUUGAAUUAAAGAGUACAAGUAAUGUAAAUUACUGUGUACAUAAAUGUAAAAAAGUGUUUGUACAUGAGUGAGAUAAAAGGCUUAAAUAUUUAUAUACAUAUAUAUAUAUAUUUGUAUUAUGUGAAAAAUACUGUAACAUAUCAUUAUGUGGUUUAGGGUUCCAGUGAAUGUAUGAUGCACACAAUGGAAACAGAGUAUGAGAUGAAGAAUUUAAAUAAAUUGAAGCUUUAAAACAUGUAUUUUAUGUGGAUGCAUGAGUUGCUUGUAAUUUUGUUUAAGAAGAAUCUAAUUUUUUUCUUUCACAUGCACCACAAUCCACCAGACAUUCCAUAAUUGUUACAUUAUAAAAGUCACUCUUUAGGUAUAAGGAAAUUACUCUUAACCAUUAUGUCAGUAUAUUUUUUUUCCCCUGUUGUGUGCUAAAUAUAUUUUUGUCAACCUUCAAUGCAUUUGCUUUACUCAUUCAUUAAUGUUGAGAAUUAUAAUGGUUAAAAAAACUAAACAGUGAAACAAGGUGGAACACUCAAGUAAUUAAAUCUCCAUUAAUCUUACAUGUGGCAUUGUGAAUAAUGAAUGGAAGAGACCAUACUGAAUUAAUGAAUUCUUUAACAGUAACACUCAUAAAAAGUUGUUUGAAUGUGAAAGUGUUAUCAGUUCGAACUUCUCUGGUAACUCAUUGUCACCUCCCUCUCCAUUUAGAGACGAUGCACCAAUUCACUGUCAUGAUGUGGCUAAGGCUAACUGAUUUAGGGGCCUACCUCAUUUGGCAAAUUGUUGAGGAAUGCUUAGUUGACAGUCACACUUCUUGCAGCGAUUAAACUUAAACUUGAAAUUGAAAUUAUACCCAUGAACCUCUUUCUAUUUCGAGAAGAGAGAGAAGACUUGUAACCAGAGUUGCUGCUGUGAUCCAUUGUCAUACCUCCACGAAUAACACACAAAAGUAGUAUUUAAUACAAUUUGUUGCUGCAAAUUUCAACAGUGGAUAACUGUUAGGACAUCACUAACUACAGGAAUGACAACAAUUAUUUUACUUUACAUUAUAAUUAAUAGUAAGUUAUGGAACUGGUACAAGUACAUUUUUGUGUAAUGUUUUUUUUAUGAUAUUAAAAUGAUAUUUAAUAAAAAAUGGA